AAAUUGUCAAGGUUGAGAAACACUGGCCUAAAGCUAAGUCUCCGGCCCUUCUCUUCUCGUGGUUGCGGAGGAGGAGACUUUGCACGUCUCUUUUCGCGAGAAGGCGAAUCGGCUGCAUAAGAUGGCAGCGUGGAGGUGUUAUGUAUCCGCUUGGCAGAAUCUGACAAAAAGCGAACCAAUCCCUUGGAGAAUAUGGAUUAGGCAGAAAUUUACAAGGUCUCGAAUUCCAGAAUCAGUAUUUCAACCACGACCUGGUGAUCAUGAAAAAUAUGGUGGUAAUCCAGAAGAGCCUCAUAAACUACACUUUAUCACCAGGAUCAGAAGUGGAAGAAGGCGUCCUUAUUGGGAGAAAGAAUUGCUUGAAGAGCUUGGAUUAACAAAAAGAUUUGAUCCAGUGGUGCUUAAAAACAUCCCUUCUGUGAAUGCAAAACUGAAAGUCAUUAAACACCUAAUAAGAAUAAAACCAUUAAAACUGCCUUAUGGAAUUCCAACUGAAGAUGAAAUACCUGAUACCUAUCUUAACAAGGUCACAGGUGAACUGAUAGUUUGUCGCCACCUAAAAGAAGUGGAAAAGAACACAUCUGAUUCUUCAUAAUAAUGUAUUAAUACUUUCUAUAAUAAAUGUUAUAUUAAGUUGGGAAUUGCAUUACUGUAAUUGACAUUUGGGGGCAUAAUAUGUAUGUUCAUUUAGAACAAUUUCUCUAGACUUAACUGCCUUCUCAUAAAAUUAGAUAGCAUUAUUACUAAGAAGAUAAAAACAUUUUUCUGGUAUUUGGACAUAAUUUCUACUUAAACUGUUUGGCUAUUGUAAAUGUGACAGUAUAAAUAAUAGCAAAUAC